GAGCUUGGAUCGAUCGAGUUCGAGGCGAGAUCUCAAAUGAACAUUGUCGAGGCAAGGAAGUUGGGAGACGUUGAGGAUACAGAGGAGAGGAGAGGUGAAGGCAAGGAGCAAAAGGGCAAAACGCCGCGGACGUCACUAGUCAUGGUGACCCAGGUCGUCGAGAUCGAGGCGCCAUAG